AUGCCACAAGCCCUAAGCCCCCAUGGACCGAGGUGCAUCUGUGCUGCAGGCUUCCGGCUCCAGGCUAACGGUUUGUCCUGUGUGGAUGUUGACGAGUGUAAUGAGGUCCUACUACCUGUCUGCAGCCACACCUGCCUUAACACCCGCGGCUCCUUCCUGUGUCGCUGUCACCAUGGAUAUCUGCUGGAACCAAAUGGUCACAGCUGCAAGACCCAAGAUGAGGCUCACCUGCUGGCGUCUGUUCAGAAUGAGCUGCUGGUGUUGGGGUUGCAUAGCUCCAGCCUUUCAUUGCUCUCCACUAGUCAGACACCUGUGUUCUGUGUGGAUUAUGACUGGAGAGACCAGAGGGUAUACUGGGUCAGUCUGGAGGAGGAGAGCAUCAAGUGGACUUCCAUCAACACCAAGGAAACAGGCACUCUGGUCAAAGGUGUGAAGUCUAAUUCUAUAGCUGUGGACUGGGUUGGCAGGAACCUGUACUGGCUGGAUGGGCUGGCCAGUCAGAUUCUGGCUGUGAGGCUGGGCACAUCUACAGUAAAGUCUCAGAACUACAUAGUGGUUCUGGAUGAGGAUCUGGAACAGCCUCGCUCACUACUGCUGCUGCCACACAAAGGGUUGAUGUAUUGGUCAGAGGUUGGUAGCGAUCCCCAGAUUGAGCGGUCAGGGAUGGAUGGCUCUGAGAGGAAGGUGGUGUUGACUCGUGGUCUCAGCUGGCCAGUCAGUCUCUCUGUGGACACUCUCACUGACCGAAUCUACUGGGCAGAUGAAAAACUGCAGUGCAUCGGCUCUGUAUCCCUGGAAGGACACAAUGUCAGGCUUCUGCAGCUGACUGAAAUGCCCAGUCCAUUCUCUGUAAUGGUUUUCAAUGACAUGGUCUACUGGUCUGACACCAAGAGGAGAACUAUUCAAGUAUCCCACAAGAACACGGGCAAGAACCGCAAAGUUUUACUCAAAAGACCUGGACAGCCUUUUGGCAUCAGGAUUAUGCACCCCCUCCGGCAGACCAACGUGUCCAGCCCCUGUGAGAAGCUCCAGUGUUCCCACAUCUGUCUCUUGGCUCCAGGACUGUCGACAGGCCCCAGAGCUGGGUCUACGGGACCCAAAGCUGUGUGUAGAUGUGCAGCAGGGCUUCUCCUGGCUGGGGACGGCCUCACCUGCUCCACCCUUGUAGACACCACCUUCCUCUUGCUCCUCUCUCCUACUGCAGUUACACAGAUAUACCUUAGCACCAUCCAUAAUGGUGUGGGGUUGAAGCGGUUGCCUGAGCACCAUAUAUGGUCUCUGCCGUGGGCGCACCAGGCCUCUGGGCUGGAUUUGGCUGUACAGGAGAGGAAUUUAUACCUGGCUAAUGCUGCCCAGGGCUCAGUCGAUCUCCUGAAACUGAGUAGCUCAGGCCUGACACAAGACAGCAGAGUCCUGAAUCUCCAGGAUGAUACAGUGAUGGCUCUGGUUGUGGACUGGGUCACACUAAACUUGUACUGGAGCAGCAGGAAGCAGCCUGACCUACAUGUCACCACCACCAGGGGGCAGCACACUGCACCUCUACUCCAACUAGGCCUUCAGGGAACCACCUCCAUCGCCCUGCACCCCCCCUCAGGACGCCUGUGCUUCACGGCCUUGGGCCAGGUGAAUGUGAGGAGCCUGCUGCAGGUGGCCUGUGCCUUCAUGGAUGGACGUAGUCAGAAGCUGCUCUGGAGGAAGGCUGUUAUGCCAACCUCCCUUAUGUUCUCCAACAAGGGCACUCGGCUGUAUUGGGCUGACAUAGGUGCUGGAGUAAUCGACUCCAUUCUUCUGGAUGGUUCUGGAUAUAAACAGUUUAAAGCAGAUCCCGGCCUCAUGUCCUUCACACUGGCUGAGAACGUCCUCCUGUGGAGCAGCCUGGAUAAAGAUGUGACUAGAAUCUGGUUCAGUGAUGGAUUUCAGCCCAAGCAGCUGUGGUUUGAGGUCAAUACCAAUGUAGUGGCACUGAGGGUUUACAGCAAAACCAGUCAGAAAGGAAUGAACAGCUGCUCAGAGCGGAAUGGAGGCUGCAGUCAGCUGUGCCUGGCCUACCCAGGUGGGCGUAGCUGCCGAUGUGGACGUGGUUACCAACCUGUCGACACCAAAACGUGUAGCCCCUUCCCCUCCCUCCAGUGUCCAGAGGGCAGCAGGGCCUGUAGCGACUGCAGCAAGUGCCUCCCCCUCACAAAGUUCUGUAACCACCAAACCGACUGCCUCGACCAUUCAGACGAGAUCAAAUGCUGGUCUGGAGUGAAGCCCCAAGAUGUCAGCCAUAGUAAACCUUCCCCGGGGCAUGCUGGGAACACCGUCCCCCCUAGCCAGGACUGGUCUGGGAGGACCACCCCCGGGGGGGUAGAGGUGCAGAAGCUGGACUCUGAGUCAUGUGAUGCCCAGCAGUGUAAUGGACAUGGGAACUGUGUGUCAAGGGGUGGAGAAACCACCUGCCAGUGUGUUCUGGGAUACCAUGGUGUGUUCUGUGAGGGUCCAGGGGUCAGUAAUGCCCCCCUCACUUUAGGCAUCCUCAGCCUCAUUGGUGGAGUCCUCAUCGCUGCUGUCAUCAUCAGGAAGAGCAGGGCAAGAGCUGCAGCUCGGGGCCAGUCCACAGACAAGGAGACUCUGUUGACCAAUAUGGAUGAACAGACAGUCUACGCUGUGUGUUUCAACAACGAUCUGUAUGAUCCUGACCAGGAAUUGAUCUCGUCUGCUGAUGGGACAUCUCAACAUCUGUAAAUGUUGCCUUUUCUCUUCUGCUCUGAAAUAAAGUCUAGGAUGUUAA